AUGGAGAAAAACCUUUCUUGCAUUUUGCAGUAUGCAUUUCUAAUUACCAUAACCUUCCCAAUGCUUUCUUCUGAAGCCAAACAACCUCUGAGCCUUGCAACUGAUCAAACUGCCCUUCUUUCACUCAAACAACACAUCACCUCCGACCCUUCUCUUUUACUCCCAACUAAUUGGACCAACUCGAGCUCCGUCUGCAGCUGGAUUGGUGUCACUUGCAGCUUGCGCCACCACAGAGUAGCUGUGUUGAAUCUCUCCAACAUGGCUCUCUCCGCCACCAUUCCACCGCAGCUCGGACACCUCUCCUUCCUCGUCUCCCUCGACCUCUCCAACAACCUUUUCUAUGGAGAUUUGCCACACCAAAUGUCUCUCCUUCGCCGUUUGAAGUUCAUAUCUUUCCGACUCAACAACUUCACCGGAGACAUCCCUCCGAUGUUGGGUCAGUUACCAAAAUUAGAGCACUUGUCUUUAAGCAACAACAGCUUCAUAGGUUCCAUCCCAAAAUCGCUCUCAAACCUCACAAACCUACAAUUUCUUGACUUAACUUCCAAUUCUCUAAGUGGAGAAAUUCCAAAAGAGUUUGGGAGACUUCAAAGUCUACAAACUCUGUCUAUUCAAUCUAAUCAUCUCUACGGUGCUAUACCAUCAGCCAUAUUCAACAUAUCGACCCUUGUAACUAUAGCCUUCACAUACAAUGAACUGAGUGGAAGUCUUCCAAUAGACAUUUGCAGUAAUCUUCCAUCCCUUAUUGGGAUUUAUCUUUCUUUCAAUCAGUUGAGUGGCGCGAUUCCCACAAAUCUAUCCCAAUGUUCACGGCUUGAGGUGUUGGGCCUCUCUGGAAACUCUUUUAGUGGGGAAAUACCUUCAGAAAUCGGCUACUUAACAUCUCUUCAGUUGUUAGCUUUGGGUUCUAACAAUUUGAAUGGGCUUAUUCCCACUGAAUUUGGCCAACUUUAUAGGUUGGAGACAUUAGCAUUAUCAUUUAACACCUUGAGUGGUUCGAUUCCACAUGAGCUCUUUAACAUUUCAACUCUUCGGGGUCUUUCACUUCUCGGCAAUGCUCUGUCAGGGGUUCUUCCAACCCUUUUAUGCCAUUCCUCUCCCUCUCUCGAAGAACUUUAUCUUGGCGGAAAUUCUAUCACCGGAGCAAUACCCAACUCCAUCUCUAACUGUUCUCAACUCACAAUUCUCACACUUGCUGAAAACAAAUUAAGUGGUUAUAUACCUAAUCAUCUCGGCAACCUAAGACUUCUCCAACGUCUUAACCUGUUCAGCAACAAUCUUACCCAGGCACCAUCUUCUUCCUUCAUUACUUCAUUGACAAAUUGCAAGUCUCUAACAUAUUUGUCAAUUGAUGAUAAUCCUCUGUACGGUGUCAUUCCAGCUUAUGUCGGGAACUUAUCUUCCUCGCUUUCAAAAUUCUAUGCCACCAACUGCAAAUUCAGUGGCAGCAUUCCUGUUGAAAUAGGCAAUUUAAGCAAUUUGAUGGUACUGGCUUUGCGAGCAAAUGAGUUAUAUGGUAAUAUUCCACUAACUAUAAGCCAUUUGCAUGAACUUCAAGGAUUAGAUCUGUCUGAUAACAUGUUGGAAGGCUCAAUACCACAUGCUAUAUGUGAUCUAUUCAGCCUCAAUACUUUAGAUAUGAGCCAUAAUCAAUUUUCAGGACCAAUUCCUAAAUGUCUGGGAAAUGUCUCUUCUUUAAGAAAUAUUUAUCUAGACUCCAACAUUUUGAAUUCAAGCAUACCAUCAAGCUUAUGGGGCCUAAAAGAUUUGAUCGAAUUAGACUUGUCCUCAAAUUCAUUGAAUGGGUCACUACCUCUAGAGAUGAGUAACUUAGGAGCAGCGAUCUAUAUAAAUGUAGCAAUGAAUAAGUUGUCAGGGUCAAUUCCUAGCACUAUUGGGAAGUUGCAGAAUUUGGUUAAUCUGUCUUUGGCAAAUAAUAGACUAGAAGGUUCUAUUCCUGUGUCUAUGGGAAGUAUGAUCAGUUUGGCAGAUCUCGACUUGUCGUACAACAACCUCUCUGGUUCAAUUCCAAAGUCUUUAGAAGCACUUCAACACCUCGACUACUUUAAUGUCUCUUUCAAUAGUUUAAGUGGAGAAAUUCCUAAUGGAGGUUCUUUUAGAAACUUCUCUACGGAUUCUUUUAAGGGUAAUGAGGCAUUGUGUGGAAUCCCCAAUUUCCAUGUCCAAAUUUGCUCUUCAAUUUCUAACCACAGAUCAAAGAGAAAUAAAGUGGAGCGAGUUUCAUUUAUUGUUUUUGGGGUUGUGGCUUUCAUCUCAGUUGUUUCUUUGACCUUUAUAAUUGUCAGAAACAAAAGGAAAGAUAAGACGACUAGAGAAGUUGAUGAGUCGAUAUUCAUUGUGCCGGAAAGAAUCUCUUAUUAUGAACUGUUGCAAGCAACGAAAAAAUUCGAUGAAAGCAAUUUACUUGGCACUGGAAGUUCUUGCUCUGUUUAUAAAGGAAUUCUUAACAAUGGGAAGGAUAUCGUUGUCAAGGUGUUUAAUAUGCAGCUAGAAGGUAUUUCAAGAAUAUUUGAUGUCGAAUGUGAGAUACUACGUAGCAUUCGACACAGGAACCUAACAAGCAUCAUAAGCAGUUGCUCCAAUGAAGAGUUCAAGGCAUUAGUACUUGAAUAUAUGCCAAAGGGAAACCUUGAAAAAUGGUUAUAUUCCCACAACUAUUGCUUGAAUAUGAUGGAAAGAUUGAAUAUAAUGAUUGAUGUUGCAUCUGCUCUGGAGUAUCUUCACCACGGUUAUUCAAUGCCCAUUGUCCACAGCGACUUGAAGCCUAGUAAUGUGCUGUUAGAUGAAGACAUGGUUGCCCAUGUAAGCGACUUUGGGAUAGCAAAGUUGUUAUGCGAUGGAGAUAGCUUUGUGUUAACCAACACGCUAGCAACAUUGGGUUACAUCGCUCCAGGUGAAGUUUCUCUAAAUAUAUUGAUUGCACUUCACUUUCAAUCAAUUAAUUGUGUCUUCCUUACUACAUACAUCAUGUUUUUUUUUUUUUUUGUUCCAGAGUAUGGCUUGGAAGGGUUAGUUUCAACAAGGUGUGAUGUGUAUAGCUACGGGGUGAUGUUGAUUGAAACUUUUACAAGAAAAAGGCCAAGUGAUGAUAUGUUUUGCGGAGAUAUGAGCUUAAAGACAUGGGUAGAACUCUCACUUUUAGAUGAAGUGAUAGAUGCCAACUUAGUCAUGAAUUUGGAGGAAGAAAUGAUUGACAAGAAUAUGAAGUGUGUAUCCUCCAUACUCGAAUUAGCUUUGAAAUGCUCUGCCGACUCUCCUCGGGAUAGAAUCAACAUGAAACAAGCACAUGCAGAGUUGCAGAAAAUCAAACAUCGAUUUUCCCAAUGAGAUUCAAGUAAGCUAUUUCAAAGUUCUAAGAUAAUAUUGUUCUAUUACCAUUUUAUUGAUACUCAAUGUUUUUC